AGAAAAUGAAAGAGAGGGGAUGGCAGUUAAGAGAGAGAGUCAGAAAUAGGAAGAGGAACUCAAAGUGACAGAAAGCGUGUGCAGGAAUUUGAGUUGUCCAAGCAGUGUAGGUACAAGAAAGUGCUGAGUAAUAUUCCCUGGCUGAUGCAACACAUGCCGUGUAAUGACAUCAACUAAUUGUAUGUUUGCCCGGGGCUGAAUAAAGAGCCGGCGGAAGCGGGCUUGUUACUUUUAGGAGGGUCUAGUGCAGCAGUGAGGAGACAGACAUACUUACACAAGCAGAACCAAGUAGACACGCACAAACGGAUGAACACAGAGACCCUCACACACACACACGCAGGUAAUCAGUGAAAUGAGUCUUGGUAGCCAGAGUCCGAUUUAAAGCCACAUAUCCACCUGCCAGGAUACAGCCCCGUGGAUCAGGGAGAGUAUACCGAGAGACACCAGUGACUCCUGACUGACUCCUCGCAGCAUGUCCAGCAGCGCAAUAUCGGCGAUCUCUAGCGGAGACCACCCCAGCGGGGGCACCAAGGCCUUCCUACCCCCUGAGGGGGGCUCCCACCAGCCAAAUACCAGCUCCCAGGACAAGGUGCGGCUAAAGAAGAAAGUGACUCUGCUGAGAGGCAUAUCGAUUAUCAUCGGCACGAUCAUCGGAGCGGGCAUCUUCAUCACUCCCAAGGGAAUCCUGCAGCACACUGGCACUGUCGGGAUGGCGCUGGUUAUGUGGACUGCCUGCGGGAUCCUCUCGCUUUUCGGAGCGCUCUGCUAUGCUGAACUUGGGACCAGUAUAAAGAAAUCAGGUGCUCAUUACACAUACAUCCUGGAAGCCUUCGGUCCUCUACCAGCUUUCAUUCGAGUCUGGGUAGAACUCAUUGUCAUACGACCUGCAGCCACUGCUGUAAUAUCACUAGCCUUUGGCCAAUACAUACUGGAGCCAUUUUUUAUGCCCUGCAGAAUCCCAGAAAUUGCGAUCAAACUGGUCACUACCAUUGGCAUCACUGCGGUAAUGUAUGUUAACAGCAUGAGCGUCAGCUGGACUGCACGGCUACAGAUCUUUCUGACAUUCUGCAAACUUGUUGCCAUUUUAAUAAUCAUCUUCCCUGGAAUGGUGUGUUUAUUCAAAGGAGAAACACAACAUUUCAAUCUGCCAUUUCAAACAAAAGAAUUUAACCUUAUGGGAGUUCCUCUCGCUUUCUAUUCUGGAAUGUACGCAUAUUCUGGAUGGUUUUACAUGAAUUUUGUCACAGAAGAAGUUGAAAAUCCUGAUAAAAAUAUACCUCUCGCUAUCUGCAUAUCAAUGGCAGUUGUUACAGUUGGAUAUGUUUUAACAAAUGUAGCUUAUUUCGCCGUAAUGAGUCCUGAGGAGCUUUUGGCUUCCGAAGCAGUAGCUGUGACCUUUGCAGAGCGAUUGAUGGGCAAGUUCUCCAUAACAGUACCAAUUUUCGUUGCUCUUUCCUGCUUUGGGUCUAUGAAUGGAGGUGUCUUCGCUGUUGCCAGAAUGUUUUAUGUUGCUUCACGAGAGGGUCAUCUGCCAGAAAUACUGUCCAUGAUCCAUGUUCGUAAACAUACACCUCUUCCUGCUGUAAUUGUGUUGUACCCUUUAACUAUCUUCAUGCUGUUUGUGGGUGAUAUUUAUAGUCUGUUAAAUUUCCUGAGCUUUGUCCGAUGGCUCUUCAUUGGUCUGGCAGUAACUGGUCUGAUAUACUUGCGAUACAAGCGUCCAGACAUGCCACGGCCAUUUAAGGUGCCUUUGUUCAUCCCAGCUUUCUUUGCCUUCACCUGUCUCUUUAUAGUGGCACUGUCACUGUAUUCUGAUCCCAUCAACACUGGCAUAGGAUUUAUCAUCACUCUGACUGGCAUUCCUGCCUAUUAUUUGUUUGUGGUCUGGGACAAAAAGCCAAAGAGCUUCAAGAAACUAAUGUAUUUAAUGACCAGAACAGCCCAGAUUAUUCUACAGGUAGUACCUCCAGAAAAACAGGAUGACUGAGGAGCUCCACUGACUGGACUAGCUGCUGAAUGAAUAUGAACAAUGUGAGACUACAAAUGUCAAAGAAAUGCUUGGUCAUUUCAACAACUGCAUCCACUGGAAUCCUAACUUCUUCCUAACACUUACAAAAAUCAUUUUAUGGCAUGUCUGAGCCCCUGAAAUCCUAUGGUGGCGAAUUCUUCUGGUGGUUUGCCUAUUGGGAAACUGACAGAAAUUGAGCCUAUUCAGUUGUUUAAGCCCUUUCUCCAGCGUCGGACUGAUCAUCCACCAACAUUUUGGUGAUAAACCAGGAGAAACUCUUUCCAGGAUUUCAGAUCCAGGGUAUUUACUAUUAUCUCUACAAGUGAUGGACUGAAUGGUUUUCUAAUAAUGAGGUUUGUAUUUAUUGAAGUGGUAUCUCUUUUUUUCUCUGAAAGUAGAUGCGACUGUGCAGACCAAUUGUUUGUUCUUUUUUGUAGAAAUAUGUAAUCACUUUGUAUGUAAAGUAAUGUAGUUCUGUUGCUGAUUUGAACACAACUUUCUUUUCUGAGAACUGUAUUGGGCAUGAUCGAAUGGUGGAACAGACUUGAUGGGUCGAAUGGUCUAAUCCUUUCCUAUACGUUGUGUUCUACUGAUUAUAAAUAAGGAGAUGACAGCAGUAAUGUAGUGGUAAUGUCACUGACUUAGCAAUCCAGAACAAAACACUCUCAGAACAUGGGUUUGAAUCCCACCAUGGUAGAUGGAGAAAUUUGAGUUCAACUUCAGAAAAGUGGAGUAAAGAGCUGGCCUAAUGAUAACCGUGUAGUUAUUGCUUAAAAACCCGUCUGAUUCACUAUUGUCCUUUAUAGAAGGAAACUUGCCAACCUUACUUGGUCUCACCCACUGCCCCCUGGGAAAUUUUGGAUGGACAAUUAAUGCUGCCCUGAGCCACAGCCACAGCCACAUCUGACGCUCAAAUAAAAAAACAAAUCAACACACAGGUUGUGAUUGAAAAAACAAUAAAAGGACAACAAGUUAUUUAAAAAUCAUAGAGAUUUCACUCAAAUAAAGUUUAAUCAAAUAGAGUUUAAUGUACAAAAAAUGCUUGUAGAAAUCCAAGUAGAUUUACCACUUUUGGAACUCAACCAGGUGUCCAUAAUGUGAGAACAAAUGACUGCAGAUGUUGCAAUCUGUACUGAAAAUGCUGGAGAUUGCAGCAGGUCUGGCAGCAACCAUGGAGAGACAACAAGAUUACAUUUUGCAUCUAGAUGACUCUUCAUUCAAGCCCAUGCUGAAGACUUAAUGCCAAAAAUUAACAUAGAAUCCUUACAGUGUGGAAGCAGGCCAUUCAACCCAUCAAGUCCACACUGACCCUCCACAGAACAUCCCAUCUUGAUCUACACUCCUACCCCUGUAACCCUGCAUGUCUCAUGGCUAACUCGCCUAGUCUGCAAAUCCCUGAACACAAUGAGCAAUUUAGCAUGGCCAAUCCACCUGACCUGCACAUCUUUUGACUGUGAAAGGAAA